AUGAACCAAGUGGCAUUUAUCUCUUGUUUAAGAUCCCAACAGAGCCAGAUCAUGACAUUGGGUAGUUUGCGUACUUUGGGCCUUAAUACUCCCAUUAGAAUGUCUAAUGGCAUUCGUGUUGCAUUGCCUCGAACAACACAAACUUGUACAUAUACCCAGCGUCACCUUUCAACUAGUUUGCCUCGUCUUGCAAAAGCAGAGAAAACCAAUCCUUAUACAAGUACAAUUCUUUUGCCAAAGACCGAAUUUCCAUUGCGCGCCGAUGCAGCUAAAAGAGAGCACGCUUAUCUCGACCGUUGUACCAAGGACCUCUACCCCUGGCAGUUAAAAAAUAACCCCAAGAAUACAUUUAUUCUUCAUGACGGACCUCCUUAUGCAAAUGGUGGCCUCCAUUCAGGUCAUGCCAUGAAUAAGAUUUUGAAAGAUAUUGUGAAUCGCCAUAAACUUCUUCUUGGACACAAAGUGAUGUAUCGCCCUGGGUGGGAUUGUCACGGUUUACCAAUUGAAAUGAAAGCGUUGGAGCAAAUUAGAAAAGAAGGCAAAGAAGCGAGUCUAUCAGCAACAGAGAUAAGACGUCUAGCAAGAAAAAAAGCAGUAACUGAGGUCGAAAAUCAAAAGAAAGACUUCAUGAGCUGGGCUGUUAUUGGAGAUUGGGAUAAUGCCUAUAUGACACUGACCAAGGAUUAUGAAAUCCGUCAGUUGGAGCUAUUCCAUGAUAUGAUCAAAAAAGGAUACAUCUAUAGACAGCUGAAGCCAGUAUAUUGGUCACCCUCGUCAAAAUCAGCACUUGCAGAAUCCGAAUUAGAAUAUAACGAGAAGCACGUAUCUCAAUCCAUCCAUGUACGCUUCCCUAUCAAAAAGCUUGCCCCAAAGCUCGCCGACAAAUGGAAAGAUGUUGUACCUAUCGAUAAGCUUUAUGCCUUGAUAUGGACGACUACACCUUGGACAAUCCCUUCCAACAAGGCUAUUGCAGUCCACCCAGACCUCGUAUACUCUGCUGUCGAAGUAUUACACGGAGAUAAAUCAGGUGUAUAUAUUGUUGGUCUCGACCGUCUGGAUGCUUUUAAAACAGAGCUAAACAUCACAGAAGAGGAUCAGAUUCGCCUCCUGGGAAAUGUUAAUGGUUCAGAAUUGGCGGGUACAGAGUACACCCACCCGCUUUAUGAAACUACUCUUCCUAUGAUCUCUGGAGAGCAUGUAACCGCUGAAUCUGGUACAUGUCUGGUUCACACUGCACCUGGUCAUGGUAUGGAAGAUUAUGAAGCUUGCUCAAAGCUGGGAAUCGAGCCUUUCAGUCCUUUGGAUGACGAGGGAAGAUAUACAAAAGAAGCUGGGCUUGGGCUCGAAGGAAAAGAAGCUUUUACGGAUGGUAACUCUAUGGUUAUUGAUGCACUUACAAAGGCUGGUGCACUGGUUAGACAGCGUGCUUAUACACACAAAUAUCCUUACGAUUGGCGUACAAAGAAGCCUAUCAUGCUUAGAGCCACAUCCCAGUGGUUUGCCAAUGUAGAGAACCUUCAAAAGGAAGCUGUCAAGGCUCUUCAAUCUGUUAAGAUGGUUCCUUCCGUUUCUAUGAAGCGACUUGAGCAAUUUACUCUUUCACGCAAAGAAUGGUGUAUUUCUCGUCAGCGCUCAUGGGGUGUGCCCAUUCCCGCACUUUAUGAUGUAGAAACAGGAGAAGCUCUUAUGACAGACGAGUCUGUUCAACAUAUCAUCAAGGUGUUUGGAGAACGUGGUACAGAUUCGUGGUGGGGAGAAGAAGAUGACAACAUAUUUGUUGCUCCCCAAUACCAACAAAACGGAAAGGUUUACAAAAGAGGUUACGAUACAAUGGACGUCUGGUUUGAUAGCGGAACCUCUUGGACUAUGCUAAAGGAUAUACCUGACAGAGACCCUACACUCCCUAUUGCUGAUGUAUAUUUGGAAGGAUCUGACCAACACAGAGGAUGGUUCCAGUCCUCUUUAUUAACAUCAAUUGCUACCACCGGAAAAACACCUUACGGCACUCUUAUUACUCAUGGAUUCGUUCUUGAUGAAGAAGGACACAAGAUGAGCAAAAGUCUCGGAAAUGUCUUGGUGCCUAGUGUUAUUACUCGUGGUGGAAAGGACAAGAAGAAGUCUCCUGCCUAUGGUACCGAUGUCCUUCGUUUGUGGGUAGCAAGUUGCGAAUAUACAAAAGAUGUAGCUAUGGGUCCUUCCAUCAUUGCCCAGAUAUCCGAAAAUAUGCGCAAGAUUCGUACCACAGCUCGUUUCAUGCUGGGUAAUUUGCAUGAUUUUAACCAUACAGAUAUAGUGCCUUAUAACCAGCUCAAAGAGAAUUUUACAACAAAUACUUUAUCUGCCUUUUAUUUUGAUGUAAUCAAGGACCGUUUGUAUAAUGAAAAGGCAUCGGAAAACUCACGACGCAUGGCACAAACCGUUCUUUUCCAAGUUUUGAAGUCAUACACUACUUCACUUUCCCCUGUGGCAUGCCACACAGCUGAAGAAAUAUACGAAAAUUACCGUUCAAUGACACCUCAACCAGAAUCAUCAGUUUUCAAGACUGGAUGGUUGGUAAAGGACUCUGAAUGGAAAAACGAGUCAUUGGAAGCCAAAUGGGCAAUAUUGAAAGAGUUGAAGGGUCAGAUUAAUCAAGUUCUUGAACUUGCUCGCCAAGACAAAUGUAAGAUCUACACACAGCGAACAGAGCAACACAAGUGCCCUCGUUGCUGGAACUACCAAGCUUCCGAAGCCGAUACACUCUGUCCUAGAUGCACCCAAGUUCUGAAUGCUUAA